UGCCCCAGGCACAGGCCUCUCCCUGACCGUGUCCCAGUCCCGGCUGGGUGAUGUGCAGCGGAGCCCUCCAGCGCAGACCGGCACUGGACCCCUGAUCCAGCAUGUGGGCUCUGCCUGGCUCCGGUAGCUCGCUCCAGCAGCACACAGCCGGGUGUUGUAGCUGAGCUUCCUGGGGAAAGCUGCCUUUCCUGAGCACUCCUGUCCAUAUUCCUGCCAUGCCUGUCUGAGAGUCCAGAAACCACUGUUUUGUCCUAUAUGCGGCUUUACAAGGAAAAGGUGAGCUGUAUCUCAUACUUGCUGUGUUAGGGGUUUACAGCACUGUCCUUGAGUACAGCCAGUACAAAAGCACAUUUUAAUGGUUGUAUUGCCAUAUCACCAGCACUGUGACACACAGGAACACAGAUCUCUUGCCAUAGCAUGCCUCAUCUACCUCUCCCCAGCUCCUGCUCCCCUCUGUCUCUGCAGACACAUCUGCUGCCAUGGUGAAUGAGAAGCACAAUGGCACCCUGCUUGUGCAGCUGGGGCCCAAACUGCAGGCCUACCCAGAGGAGCUGCUCCGGCAGCGGCGAGGCCACGACGGCCGGCCGGAAUACCUGGUCCAGUGGAGCAUUGUCAGCAUGGAAGAGAGAGCAGCGGGAGGCAGCAGUGCCUCCUGUGCAGAGACCAAGCCAGAGCACAUCUCCAUGUGGAUGUCUGCAGAAGAGGUCUGCGCCAGCUGCCCGGCGCUGCUGGGCCGGAGGAGGCCGGAAGGGCCGUGGCUGAAAGAGGAGAAGGCGCCCGGUCCGUUGGCCGCGGACGUGGCGCUGGACGAGGCCUCGCUGCUGGAGAUGAAGGCCGAUGUCAGGAGCCUGGUGCAGCGAGCCGGGCGCCAGGUGGCCGAGGCCGGGACGCCCGAGCGCUCCAUCCUGAGCACGGUGCACGUGCUGGGCGCCUACGCCAGCAUCGGCUCCCUGGCGGGCGCCUUCAGGGAGACGGGAGCCCUGGACCUGCUGAUGAGGAUGCUGUGCCACAAGGAGAAGCAGAUCCGCCGCAGUGCCGGCGAGAUGCUGCGCGCUCUGGGUGCCCACGAUGCAGGGAGCCGGGCCUAUGUCCUGCUGUCCCUGAGCCAGCAGGAUGGCAUUGAGCAGCAGGUGGACUUUGACAGUCGCUGCACCUUGCUGGAGCUGUUUGCUGAGAUCACGUCCUCUGCAGAGCACUGCAUGUCCUUCGAGGGGAUUCACCUCCCGCAGAUCCCUGGGAAGCAGCUGUUUGUCCUGGUGAAGCGCUACCUGUGUGUGACUUCUCUCCUGGACAAGCUGAGCAGUGGCGUGGAGCAGGGAGAGGAGCAGCAGGGCUGUGCUGUGCCCAGCCCUGUCCCUGAGGAGAGGAGCCGUGUGAAGCAGGAGUUUGAGUUCAGCAUGGCCAUGGCAAGCCUCAUCUCGGAGCUGGUGCACGUGAUGGGCUGGAGCCACAGCCACGAGGCAGAGCCACUGCCCCAACGGGACCUGCAGCCUCGCCCCGCCCGCUCCAUCUUCCAGCACAAGGCCUCAGCCAGCUCUGCUGUCCAAAAGCCUGUGUUGCCAUCAAAUCCUGGAACUCACAAAAAGCAGGGCCGUACAUUCCUGACUGCAUCAGACUUCGCAGACAGCAGUGACUACGUGGAGUACUUGCAGGCAAACCUGGUGCGUGGCAUGCGGGUGCGCUUGCUGGAGGACUGUGGUGCCGUUAGAGCUGGGGAGGAAGGCGAGGUUCUCCAGAGCACGAACAGCAUGCACACAGUACAGGUUUUAUGGCAGUCGACAGGUCGGACCUACUGGAUGCGUUGGCAGAUACUGGAGAUUAUUGGCUUUGGGGACCAGUGGGAAGAUCCUGCUGCUCAGAAAAAGGAAUAUAGUGUGAGAAAGAGCCUUAAUCUAGACACAGCAGUUCCACAGCCAUUGCUGUGCAAGCCCUUGGGGGGGCUUUACUCCCUGCCUUACCUGGGGCAGCGGCUGCCCAAGGCUGCAGAGACGCUGAGCCGUGCCGAAUGGUGGGAGCUGCUCUUCUUUGUGAGGAAGCUGGAAGCACAGGAGCAGAAGGAGAUCACCUGUCUCAUCCAGCAGCACCAGGGAGAGCAGGUAGGGGCCAGUGCCUGCAGCAGGAAAGUGGAGGGAGGAGCAAGGAGAACAGCAGGGAAGGGACCAGGCCCAGAGGAGGUGGCAAGUGCGAGCUGUGCAGGGACAGCCUGAAUGGGGCAGAAAUGGGAGGGUGAGUGGGGAUGGGUGAAAGCCGAGGGAGCUUGGCCCAGCAGAGCAGUGAGUGGAGAUGAGAGGA